UUCUCACGUCAGAGCAGGAGUUGGAGAAGUUGGAUGAGACAGAGACACCAGAGAGCUGGAGGAGAAUAAAACCAGCAGAAACCUUGAGGACUGAGCGGCAGUGUGUUUGUGUAAAGCUUUUUCUUCUUUCUCAUUCUCCACUUUUACACUGUGAUGAAUUUUGCACUGAUCUGCUGGAUGUGGAACCAGCUCCUCGCUUUAUCUGUGAUUUUUUUCUUGGUGCUGCUGCAUUGUAAAGAAGAACUUUCGAGGCUUAAAGUGGAGUUUUUGGUGUUUCUCAGUGUGUGAUUUUAUAAUCAGAGACUCAACUCGAGGAGCUGAGGAUUAAACAACUGUCACACACCAGGAGAAGCAGCUCGGUGCUGAGAUUUAAACUCACGACCUUCUGCUCUGUAGCUGAAAUCCUCACCCAGCGAGUCACCACGUGCAUGGCAUGAAGUGUUUUUUGUGCUUUCUGGACUAGACAGACGGUGGAUUUAACUCACGGAUGUCCUUAAGGAGACGUUAUGAAAAUAAACAAAGUAGAUUUUAGAGGACUGAGAAAAACCCGAAAGCCUUCUGGACCUUUAACUCGACCCGUGUUCCUCACAGCUCUUUCUCGUCUCUAUAGACGUGUGUAAUUUUCCCCUUGGACCCCCUCGGCAGCACCCCCUCACCACACCCAUCCCCUGCCAUGUUGUCCCUGUGUGUUCUGUUUGUUGUGUUGGACCUGGGCGGAGCUCUGUGGGACUGGAUGAAACCCAAUCAGGUGGAGAGCAAGUCAGAGCGUUUUGGCGGUGUGUUUAAACCCAGAUCUCCUCCUCACAUCAUCUUCAUCCUGACUGAUGAUCAGGGCUUUAACGAUAUCGGAUACCAUAGUGCCGAGCUGCACACCCCUACUCUGGACAAGCUGGCAGCUGAAGGAGUCCGACUGGAGAAUUAUUAUGUCCAGCCGCUGUGUACGCCGUCGCGCAGCCAGCUCAUCACGGGCAGAUAUCAGAUCCACACAGGCCUCCAGCAUUCCAUCAUCCGUCCCCGUCAGCCGAGCUGUGUUCCUCUGAACACCUCCACACUCCCGCAGCGUCUUCAGGAAGCCGGUUACUCCACCCACAUGGUAGGAAAAUGGCACCUGGGCUUCUACCGUAAGCACUGCCUCCCGACGCGCCGCGGCUUCCACACCUUCUUUGGCUCACUGACAGGAAGCGUGGAUUAUUACACCUUCGACUCGUGUGAUGGGAAAUCUCUGUGCGGCUUUGACCUGCAUGACGGAGACUCGCUAGCGUGGAGUAAAGCAGGAAAAUACUCCACUCACCUGUACACGCAGAGAGUGCGCAAGAUUUUAGCAACACACGAUCCAUCUCAGCCCAUUUUCAUUUUCCUGUCCCUUCAGGCGGCUCACGCACCUUUAAAACCGCCCAAAUCGUAUAUUUAUCCGUAUCGCCGCAUGGGGAACGUCCCACGCAGGAAAUAUGCGGCCACCAUCUCCAUCGUGGACGAGGCAGUGCACAACAUCACGUAUGCGCUACGCAAAUAUGGCUACUAUCGCAAUUCCGUCAUCAUUUUUUCCACGGAUAAUGGAGCGCAGCCCUUCACCGGAGGGAGCAACUGGCCCUUAAGAGGGCGCAAGGGGACUUACUGGGAGGGUGGAGUCAGAGCGCUGGGGUUUGUGCACAGCCCACUAAUACGCUACAAGCGUAGGAUUAGCAAAGCGCUAAUCCACAUCACGGACUGGUUCCCGACUCUCGUACGUUUGGCUGGAGGAGACGUCUCACAGAAUGAGAAGCUGGACGGUUUUGACGUUUGGCCCGUUAUCAGCGAGAGUAAAGCAUCUCCCAGGUACGAGAUCUUACACAACAUUGAUCCUCUACACCGGAGAGGGUUAGGGUCGCUGCAGGAAGGCAAGGGAUUGUGGGAUACAGCGGUCCAGGCGGCUAUAAGAGUGGGAGAUUGGAAACUUCUGACAGGAGAUCCGGGUCACGGGGACUGGAUCCCACCUCAGGUGUUAAGCAGCUUCCCUACUGGAUGGUGGAACCUGGAGCGAGGAAACGUGGACAAGGAGAAGAAGUCGAUCUGGCUCUUUAACAUCACGGCAGAUCCAUGCGAGAGGAACGACCUCACGGAGAACCGACCCGACGUGGUGAAGAAGCUCCUCCGGCGCCUGGCUUUCUACAACAGCACAGCCACAGCGGUCCGAUACCCACCAGACGACCCGCGGGCCAACCCACAGAACAACGGUGGGGCCUGGAGACCCUGGGUGAAAGACGAGGAGAGUGAGAUGAACUGGGACGGAGUCUACUACAAACGAGGAAGGAACCGGAAGAGGAAGAAGUGCAGGCUCUGCAACAUCCAAUCAUUCUUCAAGAAGCUCAACAAAAAGAUCCUGACCAGUAGAAUCUGAGGAGAUCUGGAACCUCCUCACCGAGUCAUGUCACUCUACAGACACUCGAUAAAAGUCAGAAGAACCCAGACAUCUGAUUUCAUACAGGCUCAAGGGUUCUAGAUCUGAAACCUGUGGAGAUGUUUCCUCACUGUCUGAACAAGUGCUUCCUAAAGAUGUUCUUCUCUGAACCUUUUCUGAAACAAAAACCCACUUUACUGCACAUUUUCACUUUACCAGUUCAGAGUUAAUUAGGUUUAAAUAUUAGCAGGACAACUGACGAGUGGAGGGUCUGCAAAAAACACCUCUGUUCUUCAGCCUUAAAGCUUAAUUAACACUUCAGCCUGAAAAAAAACACAGAGGUCAUUUAUUAUAAUUUACUUCCUUACACUUGCACCCAAGGUAAGGUUAAUGUUACUAAUAAUGGAAGCUAACUACCAGUUUAGCAUCAGGUGAACCGUAUAAUCAUCACACGCUGUCCCCCACACGCUGUCCCCCACACGCUCUCCCCCACACGCUCUCCCCCAGACGCUGUCCCACAGACGCUCUCCCCCACACGCUGUCCCCCACACGCUCUCCCCCACACGCUGUCCCCCACACGCUCUCCCACAGACGCUCUCCCCCACACGCUGUCCCCCACACGCUGUCGCCCACAAGCUCUCCCACACGCUGUCCCCCACACCUUCUCCCCCACACGCUGUCCCCCACACGCUCUCCCCCACACGCUCUCCCCCACACGCUCUCCCCCACACGCUCUCCCACAGAUGCUCUCCCCCACACGCUCUCCCCCACACGCUCUCCCACAGACGCUCUCCCCCACACGCUGUCCCCACACGCUCUCCCCACACGCACUCCCCCACACGCUCUCCCCACACGCACUCCCCCACACGCUCUCCCCACACGCACUCCCCCACACGCUCUCUCCCCCACACACUCAACACGACAGUUUGUGUUUAAUCGGUUUUGUAAAACAGAAACAUGGAGUUAUAUUAAACAGAAAAGAAUAUCUGAAUUUACAGAAAGUCUGUAGUUAAAUGUGUGUGUAGUUUAUGACACACAGAGCAGAUCCAUGUGGGCGUGGCAUUCCUCAUUCUGUGGGCGUGAAAUUCCACAUUCUGUGGGCGUGGUAAUUGUUCUUCAUGUGGGCGUGGCUUUCCUCUCUAACACGCGUUGUGUUUGUCAGCAGUUCGUCACUGAAAACUUCUGAUUGAAAGAAUUUAGUAAAUUUAUACAGCCUUCAUUUCUGAGAAAUCCAAACAUACACUUACACACACACACACACUUUAUAUCAAUUCCAACAAAGACUCCUCUUUCACUGGAAUGUGACUGUAAUCAGAACACAGUGGGGUUUUACUCUGAGCCUCGAGGCAAGAGGAAAUAUUUUACACUUUAAGACACUGAUGUAACUGUUGAUGAUGUUUAUUAAUCAACUCGUAUCUCAGACACCACAUCAUCAUGGAAACGUUAGGGACAUUAGAGCUGUAAAAAACACAGAGCUACAUACCCAUAGAACCACAGACCCUCAGUACCACAGACCCAGAACCACAGACCCACAGAAACAAAGAACCACAGAGCUACAGAACCACGGAAACACAGACCCAGAACCACAGAAACACAGACUCAGAACCACAAACCCACAGAAACACAAAGCUACAGAAUCACAGACCCUUAGAAACAUAGAACCAAAGAACCACAGACCCAGAACUACAGAAACACAGACCCACAGAAACACAGACCCAGAACUACAGAGCUACAGAAACACAGACCCACAGGAACACAGAAACACAGAGCUACAGAGCUAAAGACCCACAGAGCUACAGAAACACAGAGCUACAGAACCACAGAGCUACAGACCCACAGAAACAGAGCUACAGAAACACAGAGCUACAGACCCACAGAGCUACAGAAACACAGAGCUACAGACCCACAGAGCUACAGAAACACAGAGCUACAGAGCUACAGAAACACAGAGCUACAGAAACACAGAGCUACAGACCCACAGAGCUACAGAGCUACAGAAACACAGAGCUACAGACCCACAGAGCUACAGACCCACAGAGCUACAGAAACACAGAGCUACAGAAACACAGAGCUACAGACCCACAGAGCUACAGACCCACAGAGCUACAGAAACACAGAGCUACAGACCCACAGAGCUACAGAAACACAGAGCUACAGACCCACAGAGCUACAGAAACACAGAGCUACAGAAACACAGAGCUACAGAAACACAGAGCUACAGACCCACAGAGCUACAGAAACACAGAGCUACAGACCCACAGAGCUACAGACCCACAGAGCUACAGAAACACAGAGCUACAGAAACACAGAGCUACAGAAACACAGAGCUACAGACCCACAGAGCUACAGACCCACAGAGCUACAGAAACACAGAGCUACAGAAACACAGAGCUACAGACCCACAGAGCUACAGAAACACAGAGCUACAGACCCACAGAGCUACAGAAACACAGAGCUACAGAAACACAGAGCUACAGACCCACAGAGCUACAGAAACACAGAGCUACAGACCCACAGAGCUACAGAAACACAGAGCUACAGACCCACAGAGCUACAGACCCACAGAGCUACAGAAACACAGAGCUACAGACCCACAGAGCUACAGAAACACAGAGCUACAGACCCACAGAGCUACAGAAACACAGAGCUACAGAAACACAGAGCUACAGACCCACAGAGCUACAGACCCACAGAGCUACAGAAACACAGAGCUACAGACCCACAGAGCUACAGACCCACAGAGCUACAGAAACACAGAGCUACAGAAACACAGAGCUACAGACCCACAGAGCUACAGAAACACAGAGCUACAGACCCACAGAGCUACAGAAACACAGAGCUACAGACCCACAGAGCUACAGACCCACAGAGCUACAGAAACACAGUGAAGUCACAUAUCUCUAGUGCUUUGUUCUGAUCUCGUUCAUUCUCUUACUGUGAACUUUGUUUGAGAAAGUGGAAGUGAGUUUGGUUUAAAUAAAAAAAAAAACCUUGUUUAUGUAAAAGGACUGAAAGACAUUUUACUCUUCAGGAUAAACCACUGUUCCUUAUAAUGAGAUGUGAUGAGUACGUCUGUGAUGAUGAUUAUGUCUGUGAUGAUUACAUCUGUGAUGAAUACGUUUGUGAUGAUUACGUGUGUGAUGAUUACGUCUGUGAUGAUUACAUCUGUGAUUAUUACAUCUGUGAUGAGUACGUCUGUGAUGAUUACAUCUGUGAUGAGUACGUCUGUGAUGAUUACGUCUGUGAUGAGUACAUCUGUGAUGAUUACGUCUGUGAUUAUUACAUCUUUGAUGAUGAUUACGUCUGUGAUGAUUACGUCUGUGAUGAUUAUGUCUGUGAUUAUUACGUCUGUGAUUAUUACGUCUAUGAUUACUAUGUCUGUGAUGAUGAUUAUGUCUGUGAUGAUGAUUAUGUCUGUGAUGAUGAUUACAUCUGUGAUGAUUACGUCUGUGAUGAUUACAUCUUUGAUGAUGAUUACGUCUGUGAUGAUUACGUCUGUGAUGAUUAUGUCUGUGAUUAUUACGUCUGUGAUUAUUACGUCUAUGAUUACUAUGUCUGUGAUGAUGAUUAUGUCUGUGAUGAUGAUUAUGUCUGUGAUGAUUACAUCUGUGAUGAUUACGUCUGUGAUUAUUACGUCUGUGAUGAUGAUUACGUCUGUGAUUAUUACGUCUGUGAUUAUUAUGUCUGUGAUUAUUACGUCUGUGGUUAUGAUCACGUCUGUGAUGAUUAUGUCUGUGAUGAUUACAUCUGUGAUGAUGAUCAUGUCUGUGAUGAUUACGUCUGUGAUGUUUAUGUCUAUGAUGAUUAUGUCUGUGGUGAUGAUCACAUCUGUGAUGAUCACGUCUGUGAUGAUUAUGUCUGUGAUUGUUACGUCUGUGAUGAUGAUUAGGUCUGUGAUGAUUAUGUCUGUGAUGAUCACGUCUGUGAUGAUGAUUAGGUCUGUGAUGAUUACGUUUGUGAUGAUCACGUCUGUGAUGAUCACGUCUGUGAUGAUUAGGUCUGUGAUGAUGAUUACGUCUGUGAUGAUCACGUCUGUGAUAGUUACAUCUGUGAUGAUUACAUCUGUGGUGAUGAUUAUGUCUGUGAUUAUUACGUCUGUGAUUAUUACAUCUGUGAUGAUGAUUACGUCUGUAAUUAUUACGUCUGUGAUGAUUACGUCUGUGAUGAUGAUUACGUCUGUGAUGAUGAUCACCUCUGGGGUGAUUACGUCUGUGAUGAUGAUCACGUCUAUGAUGAUAGUUACGUCUGUGAUGUUUUGUUUGUGAUGAUUACGUCUGUGAUGAUUACGUCUGCGAUUAUUACAUCUGUGAUGAUCACGUCUGUGAUAGUUACAUCUGUGAUGAUGAUUACGUCUGUGAUGAUAGUUACGUCUGUGAUGAUCACGUCUGUGAUGAUGAUUAUGUCUGUGAUGACGUCUGUGAUGAUUACGUCUGUGACUACGUCUGUGAUGAUUAUGUCUGUGAUUGCGUCUGUGAUUACGUCUGUGAUUACGUCUGUGAUGAUGAUUACAUCUGUGAUUACGUCUGUAAUGAUGAUUACAUCUGUGAUGAUUACAUCUGAGUACAUCUGUGAUGAUGAUUACAUGUGAUUACAUCUAUGAUGAUGAUUACAUCUGUGAUUAUGUCCGUAAUGAUGAUUACGUCUGUGAUUAUGUCCGUAAUGAUGAUUACGUCUGUGAUUAUGUCCGUAACGAUGAUUACGUCCGUAAUGAUGAUUACGUCCGUGAUGAUGAUUACGUCUGUGAUGAUGAUUACGUCUGUGAUGAUGAUUAUGUCUGUGAUUAUGUCUGUAAUGAUGAUUACGUCUGUGAUUAUGUCCGUAAUGAUGAUUAUGUCCGUAAUGAUGAUUGUCUGUGAUGAUGAUUACGUUUGUGAUUACAUACUGUAAUCACUGUCUGUGAUUACGUCUGUGAUGAUGAUUAUGUCUGUGAUUUCGUCUGUGAUGAUGAUGUCUGUGAUGUUGAUUAUGUCUGUGAUUACGUCUGUAAUGAUUACAUCUGUGAUUGCGGCUGUGAUGAUGAUCAGGUCUGUGAUGAUGUCUGUGAUGCUGAUUACGUCUGUGAUUAUGUCUGUGUUGAUGAUUGUGUCUGUGAUUACGUCUGUGAUGAUGAUUUCGUCUGUGAUUACGUCUGUAAAGAUGAUUACGUCUGUGAUUACGUCUGUGAUGAUGAUCACGUCUGUGAUGAUGAAUACGUCUGUUACGUAUCUUGAAAAACUUUUUUCUCAAAAUAACAAAAUUUUGUUAGAGACGUUGUGUUACUGAUACACACCACUUCACUUUCAUUAGUGUCUUUACUGUAAACCUGUAAUAAUUAACACACAGUGUUUGUGUUUGUGUGUGUAAUGUCAGUGUUGAACUUGUUCAACACACGUGUGUUAUGAUCAUUAAUGAUGAACUAUAUGGCGUGUAACGACACGUGUCCUGCAGGAACUUCUUGUAGAAUUUGCUCCAUGAGAUUCUCGUCUCUGUAUUGAAACUCGUCUGUUCCAUCGCUUUGACCUCCUUCUCCUCGGACUCUGUUCUUCACUGUGUCCACCUCAUUCCUGACCCUAACCCCGGGGUCAUUAUUUUACUCUGAGGAACCAUUGUUCUUCUCUGUCGUGUUAGCAUUAGUGUUGUAGCUUCAGUACUUCAUUUAUUGUCUGAUCUCAUUCUCAGCCUUUUACAUCACUGGCUUCUGAUUGGUCAGGAACAACAGCUCAGACUGGCUAACUGUUACCUCAGGAACAUGUCAUUGACAUUCCACAGUGUUAUAAACAGAUAUAAACUAUAAACAGAUAAAAAGUCUGACUUGAUAUUAAAUAAAUCUAACAUGUGUAA